UAUUAAAAUUAUAUACGCAACCCGCUGUAUCCCACCUUCCCUAUUCUCUUCAGCUCUAUUCUCCGCCUUCUGAGCAGAAGAUACUGAGAACAUAGAACACCAAAAAUACCUAGAAAGUGAAACGGCGUGCUUCGCUUUGAUCCGGACUUCGCCUUCUUUGCAGAGAAUUUUCUGAAGGUUUUCGCUAUCCGGCAAGCUCCAGGUGGGUGGGGGUAAUUGGCCCUCUUCUUUGGUUACGGCGGAUUUGGUUGUUGUUCUGAUGAAAUCGAUAGAGGCGUAUCGGCGGAUUCUUUGGAUCUAAGGUUACGGAAGAGGGAUAGGAGGAAGCGUCGAUGGAUCCAGAGGAUCUUAGGUCAGUGCUGAGAACCACAGGCGUGGAUCUAUGGACACUGAUCGAGACGGCGAUCGCUGUUGCCGCCGCGGAGCACGGGAGGGAGCUGAAGGAGCGUAGAGACGGGAUCGUCGAGAGGCUCUAUUCUCUGGCGGAUGGACGUUGCCAGAACUGUGAUGGGAAGAUGGAGGUGUCGGGAUUGAAGGGGAGCAGUAGCCCCGUGGGGAAACGCUGGCCGUUGAAGGGGAAAGAAGAAGAGGUAGAUGAGCAUGAGGAAGAGGAUGAGGACGAAGGGAGGAAUUAUCGCUCUAUGGAUGAUGAACAGACCAAGAUUCUCGCCAUCAAGGAUUUCCUCGAUGAUCACGAUCAGUCUGAUGAUUCUCUGGUUAGCCUGCUGCAAAAUCUCGCCGACAUGGAUAUCACCUUCAAAGCUCUCAAGGAAACCGAUAUCGGCAGGCAUGUGAACGGUCUGCGGAAGCAUCCAUCAUCUGAAGUAAAAAGACUUGUAAAGCAGCUCGUCAGAAAGUGGAAGGAGACUGUGGACGAGUGGGUGAAAUUGAAUUCGGCAAACGAUAACUCGUCCCCUGCAAUCAUAACUGAUGGAGACUCUCCCCAGCAAAUGCCAGCCAAGAACAACCAGAACGGCAAUCAGACUCCGGAUUCGACCUACUCACCCAAUCCGCACGCUCAAAAUGGCAGCUGGCAACCAGAGAGAAAUAACAUGGAAUCAGUAGAAGCCAAGGCAAGGCCUCCUCCACGCAGAGAAGCUCCACCGAAGCCUAUCAACUCAACUCCCCCUUCUGCUGCAAUAGCUAAAGCGAAGGAGAAUGAUAACUUUCUAGACCCGGAUAGGUUGGCUUCAGCGAGGAAGAGGCUUCAUGAAAACUACGAAGAAGUUAAAAAUGCGAGAAAGCAAAGGACGAUUCAGGUUAUGGAUAUUCAUGAAAUCCCCAAACCCAAAAAUGCCUUCUUUGCGCGGAACAGGGGCGGGUUCCAGGCGAAGCACUGAUGAACUGAGGUGAAGCCUGAGUAGCGCCACCGGGUAGUC